AUGGUGGAGUUAUUGAUGGAAGCACUAAGACAACAAUCGAGACAACCCUUUGCACCACCUCCUCCGCCACCAGUUCUAAUGGAGCCACUCAACAACGGUGACAUUAUUACCCUGAUACAAAAGUUUAAUAAGUUGAAGCCGCCUACCUUUCCGGGGGGCCUUGAAUCGCUCAAAGUUGAAGCUUGGAUUCUAGAGAUUGAAAAGUUAUUCGAAGUGUUUCCGUGUACUGAAGAACAGAAGGUUCUGUUAGCAACUUUUACCUUGCAAGAAGAAUGUGUGAGAGACCACAAAGUGACAGAAUUUGAGCACUUAAAGCAGGGUACCAUGACAGUAGUGGAGUAUGAAGCUAAAUUUACAGAGCUUGCACGCUACGAGCCACACAUGUAUGUUGAUGUUCUGGAUAGAUCCAUUAAAGCUGAGGUGAAUGUUGCCGCACUAAGACAAGCGAAAGCACCGGUGAUUGAACGGAAGGGUAAAAGGCCGGGAUCUAAUUUCAAGAAGGGUCGGAAUAACUUCAACACUCCACCGAACAAAAGACAGAAUACAGGAUCAUCUACUAGUUCAAGCCAAGGGACUGAUACAUCCAUUUGCCUAGAAUGUGGAAAGAGACAUAAGGAAGAUUGUCGCAGAAUUUCUGGUGCAUGCUUUCAUUGUGGAAAAAUAGGCCAUAUGAUUAAGGAUUGUCUUUUAGUGUCUCAAAGCACAAGCCAGUCUAGAGUUAACUCAACUAUAUUAGUGUCAGCACUGAGGGUAAAUUCGAAAGCAGCUACGGAGAAAGAAACUCUAAAGCAAGGACAGGUUUUUGCAUUGGUAUUGGGUGAUGUGCAGACUACAGAGACGGUUGUGUCAGACAUUGCAUAUUUUGAUGUUAUUUUGGGAAUGGAUUGGCUAGCAAAAUAUUAUGCUACAAUUGAUUGCUCAACCAAACAAGUUGUGUUUCAUUUAUCUGGAGGGCCUGAAUUUAUAUUUAACGGGAAUAGUGUUAUAUCUCCCCCAUAUUUGAUUUCCUCUAUGAAAGCGAAUAAAUUGAUUAAUAAGGGGUGUAAGGGAUUUCUAUGCUUGGUACUAAUAGUGCCAACUACUACUAAACCAGAUGUAAGUAGUAUGCUUGUGGUGAAAGAAUUUCCAGAUGUGUUUCCAGAUGAUCUGCCCGGGAACUUGAUUGAUAGAGAAAUUGAGUUCACUAUUGAGAUAGUGCCAAGUACCCAACCGCUUUCUAAGACCCCAUACCGGAUGUCAACUACCGAGUUAAAAGAGUUGAAGACUUAG